UUUUCGGCCUCGGACUCCCCGGUCGGGCUCCAGACACAUUUCACUGGGGAGGGACCAGCUCCCCCUGCCCCCAUCACCCGGCCAGCGGGUCCAGAGACCUGGCUCUCGCUGGGCUGGGGGAUUAUCCCCAUUCUCUGUGUCUCUGGCCAGGGCGGGCAUCGCUGCCUCUUUUAUCCUCUCACAAAGGCCAGGCCCGCAGGGCCUGCUGUGUCAGAGUUUCUGUGGCCGGGGGAAGCCUUACUUCCUUUUCUCCCGCCAAGCCCAGAGGGCCACGCAGAGUCUGCCAGCUUGUCGGGGGCCACUGCUCUAGCCCCACAGGUGAAAGGCACAGGGGUGACUCAGCACUGGGAAGAGAGGGCUGAGGGGUCCCUUACAGAAGGACAGAGAGAGCUCCUCUUCUAGAGAGAGGCGAUUGCUGCAGCAUGACGUCUGUAGGAUAGACCUAAAGAAGGACUUCCAGUUAGAGCCCGGCCAACAUUGGGCAGGGGUGGGGCCAGCUAGUUCCCAGUGAUCCACAGAUUUGAUCUGUCUACCAUAUUCCAGCUGCUUGGGUAGCCGGCUCCAGUCCCAGGUUAGGGGACUCUGCAAACUUCCUGGGAGAAGGGGCAGAUUCCUUCUACAGGGGUGCCGGGUUGGUUUUUGGAGGCGUCCCUGCUGAAGUGACAGAGAGUUCUCCCACGUGACACCCCAAGGUGCCUUUGAGGAACGCUCUCUGGACCUCCCUAUGGGCUGAUGAAGAAGUUGCCUCCCCACACCCUCUCUGUCCCCAGCUGAGAUUAUGGUGGAUUUGGGAUACGGCCCAGGCCUGGGCCUCCUGCUGCUGACCCAACCCCGCAGGCGUUAGCAAGAGCCCUGCACUGUCCGCCCCCCCUCCCCAGAGACCACCCCUCCUACCAGGGGCCUGGAGUUGGCGAGUGACUAUGCGGCUUGGGCUGUGUGUGGUGGCCCUGUUUCUGAGCUGGAUGCAUCUCGCUGCCGGCAGCCGGGGGAUCAAGGGGAAGAGGCAGAGGCGGAUCAGUGCCGAGGGGAGCCAGGCCUGUGCCAAAGGUUGUGAGCUCUGCUCGGAAGUCAACGGCUGCCUCAAGUGCUCGCCCAAGCUGUUCAUCCUGCUGGAGAGGAACGACAUCCGCCAGGUGGGCGUGUGCUUGCCCUCCUGCCCUCCUGGCUACUUCGACGCCCGCAACCCCGACAUGAACAAGUGCAUCAAGUGCAAGAUUGAGCACUGCGAGGCCUGCUUCAGCCACAACUUCUGCACCAAGUGUAAGGAGAGCUUAUACCUGCACAAGGGCCGCUGCUAUCCAGCCUGUCCCGAGGGCUCGGCGGCUGCCAACAGCACCAUGGAGUGCAGUAGUCCUGCACAAUGUGAAAUGAGUGAGUGGUCCCUGUGGGGGCCGUGCUCCAAGAAGAAGAGGCUGUGCGGCUUCCGGAGGGGCUCUGAGGAGCGGACACGGAGGGUGCUCCACGCCCCCGGGGGAGACCACGCUGCCUGCUCCGACACCAAGGAGACCCGCAGGUGCACAGUACGGAGGACACCCUGCCCUGAGGGGCAGAAGAGGAGGAAAGGUGGCCAGGGCCGGCGGGAGAACGCCAACAGGAACCUGAGCAGGAAGGAGAGCAAGGAGGCGGGAGCCGGCUCCCGGAGACGCAAGGGCCAGCAGCAGCCGCAGCACCAGGGGACAGCGGGGCCGGUCACGCCUGCAGGGCUCACCUAGGGGCCUAGGGACAUUCUUCAGCCUCCAGGCCCGUGCAGAAAGAGUCCAGCGCUGCUCUGUGUGAUGAAAGCUUUACUGAACUGGAGCGCUGGGGGCACAGCGUUCACACACUCUCCAUACGUAUACGGACACACACACACACACACACACAAGGGUCCAUGGCCAAACAUGCAACCAGCGUACAUGUGUGCAUCCGUGCGCGCGCGCGCACACACACACACACACACACACACACAAUCGAGGCCACCGGAUGACACUUUUAUCUCCCGGACGUCACCGUGUGAACAGGGUGGGGAGGUGGAGGGGUCACCUCUGCCUGGCAGAGGGCCCAGCGUCACAGACUUGGUUUGCGAUGCUCCCAAGGGACAUGUCAGAGAGACCAUUUCCCCGCGUGCAAGCCCAAACAGAGUGGAGCCUUCUGGAGGAGCUGUUAGGAUCAGUCCAGGGUAGCAGACAGGAACCAAAGCUCAAGGCCUGUUCAGCAUCUCCAGCUGUGUGAGUUUAUCAUUGGAGAGUAUUGUUACACACCCAUGAUCCGUGUCAGGGCUGCCCCGACUCUGAAAACUGCUUAAAAGUUUAUUUCAAAUUAAAAACAAAACCAAAUGACAACAGUA